UCUUUACCUAACUUAUAUAUUGCACCAAUCACAUUUUAUUUUUUUUAUCACAUAAGAAAAGUAGCCAAUUUAAACAUGCAUGCUCCUACACUAAGAUGCUCUAUUCUCUUCUUUACUUGCACUUUCUUGCUCUUCCUUUCAUCCUUGAACCUAGCUUCCUCGGCCAAAGUGUGUAAUUCACAUGAUAAAAAUACCCUCCUUGAGAUCAAGUACCAUUUUAACAAUGCCUCCGUGUUUGCAACCUGGGAUCCUGACACAGAUUGUUGUAGCAAUUGGACUGAGAUCCAAUGCGAUGCACACGGUCGUGUUACAAUGCUUGAAGCUAGCAUUGCUGAUGAUGUUAUAGGUGAGAUCCCACCUGCCAUAGGAGAGCUCCCAUACCUCCAAUUCCUUUCUUUUGGGAGCUUUCCCCACCUCUCUGGUCCCAUACCCCCAAGCAUAGGGAAGUUAAAGACCCUUCAACACCUUGACCUUAACGGGAACAACCUCAGUGGCCCAAUCCCGGAUUUCCUUAGCCAACUUAAAGACCUAGAGUACCUUGACCUAGGAUCCAACAAUCUUAUUGGCCAAAUUCCUUCUUCGCUUAGCAAACUAAGCAAGCUUAAGCUAGUUUCCCUUGCCACGAACCACCUAUCCGGUCACAUCCCAGCCUUCUUUGGCUAUAUGAAAAACUUAAGUGAGCUUUACCUCCUCGACAAUAAGCUCACUGGCCCAAUCCCAUCUUCCCUUUCUCAACUCCCCAACCUCUUCGCGAUCAACCUUGGCCUAAACCAGCUCACCGGUUCCAUCCCAGCCUCCUUCGGCUCCUUCAAAACCCCUGUAAUAAAUUUCUUUUCCAUCUACUACAACAACUUAUCCGGACCAAUCCCAAGGUCAUUUGGGAAGGCCAACAUCACCGAGCUAAAUCUCUAUCACAACAAGUUUACAGGAGACGCCUCAUUUUUGUUUUCUAGGGACAAGACAUCGUUAACCACCCUAGACAUUGAUCAUAAUCUCUUUAGCUUCAACUUUUCUAAGGUUGAUCUUCCACAAAAUUUGGCCAAUCUUGAUAUAAGCCAUAAUAAUAUUUAUGGUUCUCUUCCUAAUAGACUAGGCCAAUUGCCGUUAAAGAGUAUAGACGUGAGCUUCAACCAACUUUGUGGGCACAUACCAACUGGUAGGCGGUUAAAACAAUUCAAACCGGCCAUGUUUUCAAAUAACAAGUGCUUGUGCGGUCCUCCAUUAGCGCCAUGCAAUUAGUACGCUUUUGAUGGUUCAUGCCCAUCAUGGCCUAUGUAUUUUCAAUGACAUCCACUAUAGAGUAUGAGCAUAACUAUAGUAAAUGAAUUGAAGUGUUGCAUUUGUUUUUUUUUUUUUUUUUUUUAAAUUUUUUUGAAAGAAAAGUGUUGCAUAUUUAUGUUAAAUUUUUGUACUCUUAGCAUAUUAAUGAUAAAUUUGUCAAUUAUUACUCCUUUUUUUUUCCCUGUUCACUUACACCCUUUGUCCCAGAAUAAUUGAUAGAGUCAAAUUUGAUACAAAUGCAAAUACAUUAGUAUUACUACAUAAUGCAACUAAGUAAAGCAAAA